UGCGGCGGAGUCCCGGAGAUCGUACUGCUGUUAGAUCAAAAGCCUGUGCCUAAGUAUGGUCCUUCUUCUCUGCUUUCAGAAACCUGGGUUCCUCGGCGGGGCGGGGGCGGCAGGCUACGUUCCGGAAAGGUAAGAAAUCCAACCUCACUGGAGACAUUCAAGCAAAGGUUGGACAGCCACUUUGCCAGAACACAAAGGGAACUCAUGCAUCAGAAAAGGUGACUAAUAAACAUAUCAAAGGAAUAUGGCUGCACAAAUCCCAGAAUCUGAUCAGAUAAAACAGUUUAAAGAAUUUCUUGGAACCUACAAUAAACUUACAGAAACCUGCUUUUUGGACUGUGUUAAAGACUUCACAACAAGAGAAGUAAAACCUGAAGAGAUCACCUGUUCAGAACAUUGCUUACAGAAAUAUUUAAAAAUGACACAAAGAAUAUCCAUGAGAUUUCAGGAAUAUCAUAUUCAGCAGAAUGAAGCCCUGGCAGCUAAAGCAGGACUCCUUGGCCAACCACGAUAGAGAAGUCCUGAUGGAUGGACUUUCAAUGAAAGACUGCACUGGAAAUGAGGAUUUAUUUAAUAUAAUCCACUGAAAGCAAUAGCCACCAUGUUAAACUACCUGUCAUGAAUGGCAUUUGAAAGCCACCAGAGAAACAAAAUUACUAUUUAUCAAGAAUAAUCAAAAUAGAAGUUCUUAUUGUUCAGUGAAAAUAAGAUGCAGCAUGUGUUGCAGCUUUAAGAUUCAGCAGCUUGGUGACUUGAUCAAAAAAAUAAACUAUUGUUUCUUCACUUACGACUGUUAAUUUUAAAACAAAAAUAUGUGUUCAAUCAUGUAUGAGAUAGAAAAAAAGUUUUAUUACUGUAAGUUAAAUAAAUGGAAAUAUCACUGA